AGAGUUAAAUCUGUUAUGGUUUUCAAACCUCCAUCUCUAUCUAGCUAACUUUUGGAAGAAAAACAAACAAGAACCCAAUAUUAUUAAAGGGCCAAGAGAAUUAGUGUUUGGAGAUGAUGGGAGAAAACCCUAAUUACUGGUGGAGUUUGAAUGGGAAGUUGAUGCAGCCACCACCACCUUCUCAUCACCCUACUAAUUUCUUAUCAACAACACCUAUGCCGGUGCCGAUGCCGGUGGUGCCUCCUUCUUCCUCUUCCAUCUUGAUAAAUCCUCAUCCAUAUCUCUUUGGAUCUUCUUUGCUAGUGCCUAGCACCACAAACUCUAACAAUCCUUUGAGUGACCAUCAUCAACAAGAAAACUUAGACUUCCCAGUCUCAUCAUGGAGCCAAUUGCUCAUGAGUGGAUUAACUACUAAUGAUCAAGUAGAACAAGAAAACUUGGGAGGAGGUGGACAUGUUGGUGAAGUAAAGCAUCGAUAUUUGGAUAAUAUUCAUCAACAAAGUAGACAACAACAACAACUAUAUUAUGAUCAUCAUGGUACUAAUAAUAAAACUGAUAAUAAUAACGACGAAGAUAUACAAGCUGCUGCUUGUAGUUCUUCAUGGUCGUCUCAUCAUCAACUCAAUAAUCCGGUGCCAUCCGUCGGUUCAUCUUCUAAUACCAUGAGUUUAAGCACCACUACUAUGUUCGAUUUCUCAAGUAAGAUCAACAGCCAACAGCAAAGCCAUCAAUAUUCAUCUCAGUAUGAUGAUACAUCUACAAGUGGAGCAUCUAAAAAGCCGAGGUUUCAAUCUUCUUCUUCGACCCAGCAACCUUCUCCCAUGCAGUCAUGUAACGACACAUUCACAAGUGGAACUUCUUCUAAAAGGUCUAGGGCUCAACAAUCCGCAACCCAAACCCCUCUAAAGGUGAGGAAGGAAAAAUUGGGAGAUAGGAUAUCAGCUUUGCACCAGCUUGUUUCGCCUUUCGGAAAGACUGACACAGCUUCUGUGUUGUUAGAGGCCACAGCUCAGAUCAGAUUCCUUGAGAGUCAAAUUGAGGCACUUACCUCACCGUACAUGAAUUUGGCCAAUAAUAAUAAUGUUUCAGGAGGCACCAGACACCAACAUUCUGCUGAUGAGAAAAGGGAUCUUGCAAGUAGAGGAUUAUGCUUGGUUCCGGUUACUUGUAUGGAUCAUAUCGACACCACGAAUAUGACCACCAAUGGCGCCGAAUUCUGGACUCCUGCACUUGGUGGUGGAUUGUAAUUAUAUGGCGAGAGAUGAAUUAAGUUAAGCAUUGGUCGAAGGCUACAAAAACUAGGUACACCAAUGAUUAAUUUCCGAUCAUCAUCACUUGGUUGAAGCGCGCAUGCAUACUCUUGUAUUACUUCCAAAAAAAUGGAAAUGCCCGAAAAGGAAAGAAAAAGAAAUUGAGACAGACUCGUGAUGCUAAAGGUUCGUGCAUGUUAUGUUAUGUCAAAAAGAUGCUUUACUAUUUAAGUUUCUAUUUCUUUUGUUUUCGGGCAUUAUUGGUGAAGUGAGAGAAGGAAAGUAAAGACUAUAAUCUGUUACAUCGAUGCUAACUUGAUCAUUAUUAUUAUGAAAUAUUUCUAGCUAUAAUUUGUGAAA